GCUUGACGCAACCGGACUGAAAGUGAUGCGACGCGCUUUGCUGCCUUCGCCGGACCAACGACGGACUUACAAUCAGCUCGUCGCGGCGGCUGUGACGGCGGGUUUAUUGGAUGAAACGGUUAAGACGUGUUCCAGUCCACUCUUCCAGCUCGAAGGAACGUCAUGGCCAGCGCCUCUCAUCCGCCGUCGGGCUCCGCAGCCACUGACGCUACGGCGACCGGCUCCGGGGGCCAAGCGCCGGGAGAAAGCAGCAGCCAGGACAGCACAUUUGAGUGUAAUAUCUGCUUGGACACUUCCAAGGAUGCAGUGAUAAGCUUGUGUGGCCACCUCUUUUGUUGGCCCUGCUUGCAUCAGUGGUUGGAAACGAGGCCAAACAGACAGGUGUGUCCAGUAUGUAAAGCAGGCAUCAGCCGGGACAAAGUCAUCCCGCUGUAUGGGCGAGGCAGCACUGGCCAGCAGGACCCGAGAGAGAGAACUCCUCCCAGACCACAGGGGCAGAGACCGGAGCCGGAGAAUCGUGGCGGGUUUCAAGGAUUUGGCUUUGGAGACGGCGGCUUCCAGAUGUCCUUCGGUAUUGGAGCUUUUCCUUUCGGCAUUUUUGCCACAGCAUUCAAUAUUAACGACGGAAGGCCACCUCCAGCAGCUCCUGGCACCCCACAGCACAUGGAUGAACAGUUCCUGUCCCGCCUCUUCCUGUUUGUGGCGCUCGUCAUCAUGUUUUGGCUUCUGAUUGCAUAAACGAUUAUGAACUCUCUUCCGGACAGAUGCACGCUGCAGACAGUGAUUACAGAAGUCAUCUGAAGGUUCAGUAGUGGAAACAUACUGUGUUUUCUCUCAGCCGUCAUUUUCAGCUGAUUUUAAAUUGAAAGGUGUGUUAUGCGACACAUGGAUUCUUUCUUGUGAAGGAGACGCGUGGAAAUUGCACGUGUGCGAUGAUUCCAGUACAAAGAUAACUGUAAAAAUGUGAUUUCGUGGAAUCAUAAUGUUCACCUCUUGUUCACUUUCCCUGUCAGAUUGUAAUUUUAAAUAAAAAAACAGAGUCUUAUUUCUCUUAA